CAUCCCGGCAUCCUCUGCGCCGUGGGCACGCUGGUCCCGGCGUCCUCCACGGAGCCUCCUCGCUGCUGCUGGGUCUCGCGGGCUGCGGGCAGGGCCGCUCCUGCCCCACCUCAGGGACUGGACCCGGAGAUGGCGGCCCAGAAAAUAAAUGAGGGGCUGGAGCACCUGGCCAAGGCAGAGAAAUACCUAAAAACUGGUUUUUUAAAAUGGAAGCCGGACUAUGACAGUGCCGCUUCAGAAUACGGGAAAGCAGCUGUUGCUUUUAAAAAUGCCAAACAAUUUGAACAAGCAAAAGAUGCCUGCCUGAGGGAAGCUGUGGCCCAUGAAAAUAACAGGGCUCUUUUUCAUGCUGCCAAAGCCUAUGAGCAAGCUGGCAUGAUGCUGAAGGAGAUGCAGAAGCUGCCGGAGGCCGUCCAGCUCAUCGAGAAAGCCAGCACUAUGUACCUGGAGAACGGCACGCCGGACACGGCCGCCAUGGCCCUGGAGCGCGCAGGGAAGCUUAUAGAAAAUGUAGACCCUGAAAAGGCUGUACAGUUAUACCAACAGACAGCUAAUGUGUUUGAAAAUGAGGAGCGCCUCCGGCAGGCAGUUGAAUUGCUGGGAAAAGCCUCGCGGCUGCUUGUUCGAGGACGCAGGUUUGAUGAGGCGGCACUCUCUAUUCAGAAAGAAAAAAACAUUUAUAAGGAAAUCGAGAAUUACCCGACUUGUUAUAAGAAAACCAUUGCUCAGGUCCUGGUUCACCUGCACAGAAACGACUAUGUGGCUGCGGAAAGGUGUGUCAGAGAGAGCUACAGCAUCCCCGGCUUCAGCGGCAGCGAGGACUGUGCCGCGCUGGAGCAGCUUCUCGAGGGCUACGACCAGCAGGACCAGGACCAGGUGUCGGAGGUCUGCAACUCGCCGCUCUUCAAGUACAUGGACAAUGACUAUGCCAAACUGGGCCUGAGCUUGGUGGUCCCAGGGGGAGGAGUCAAGAAGAAGUCGCCAGCAGCGCCCCAGGCCAAGCCAGACAGCAGCGGCACCUCAGCAGCCCCCGAGGAGGAGGAAGACGAAUAUUCAGGAGGACUGUGCUAGUAUUUUGCUUGCAAAAAGAAAAGGAAAAAGAAAGAGAAGACUUUGACAUACCAUGUUCAUGGACCUGGAACUCGCUGAAAGUCAUACUUCCUUAAGGUCAUGAUUUUGAAUACUGAUAAAGAGGAUUCUUAGUUACCAUUUCCCAAAUCAGCCAUUCUGUCUACUACUGGGAAGCAUUAUUUUUUCCCUUUCCAUUGUAAGAACAGGAAUUAGCAGAAAAUGUGCUGUCACAUUUUAAUACUGUUGAUUUUUAAAUUUACAAGCCAGAUUUGAGACAGAUCAUAGCCUAAGCAAAAGGGCUGGUAGGUGUUGGUACUCUUCUUGUGCUCCUGUGAUUUAUUGUAUGAGGAUUUUCUUUGUGUUUUAUUUAGUGUUGCUGCUAAAAGUGAAGUUUCUUCUUCACACAGAAGAAUUAUUAUUUUAAGAACUUACCUUGUUUUGAAAAGAAAAUUUAGCCCCCAUAAAACUAGGUGAAUUUAAAUUUUAAAUCUUUUCAGAGACAAGAUCCAGACUGAAAAAGUUUUGAGACUUACGGUGUUUAGCCCAAUAAAAGAUGCAUAUAAGCUUUUAUAUGCUGAUGUACAAACUUUUGAAGGCAUUCUCUUAAGACAGUUCUGCUGUUUCCAGUAUCCUCCGUGGUGUGGGAGACUCUGGCAUCUAAAAAGAUGCAGUGACUGUCCUGAGACUACUCGGCUCUGACCAUAGGAACCCGUGUCCUGCGCACACUGAGGAGGAGGCCGUGUCCAUCAUCUAAGGAGAACGCGUCUCCUCUAGAGAAGAGUUGGCAGCAAGACCAUUCCUGAACAUGGAAACAGCAUGCUACAGAGGUUUGGCUGGAAGGGGAGAUUGUUUUUGAGAGACGUGUAAAACUCUGGGCUGACGGUAUUCUCGUACUUAGUCGUUUUCUGAUACGUUAUUUUUGAAGCAUUCCUUUGCACUCUGUGGCUUAGACCUGCCUCGUCAGCUGUCACCCAGAAAGGGGCUGGGACGGCAGCUGUGUGCUCCCUGCAGGCCCUGCCACCAAGGCAGUGUCCUCUCCACUCAGGCCUGUCCCUUUAGACACCCGCUUUGUUCUGCUGGGCACCCUGAGAUGCUCAGAAGGGUGGGUGAUGUUAGUGGGGCUCUGCUGAGGCCGCCUGCAGUCGCUCGCAGGGCUCCUGCUUCCCUCGCACCGCUCCGCAGGUUGCCCUUACAGCUCACUUCUGUUCACGUGCUGAGAUGGCGAACGGUCUGCGUACAGCCGCCCAAGCAUUUUUAUUUAAGGAGACACCGAGCUUUCCAGGAUUCCCUUACUGCUGCAUGUACCCUCAGGUCCAGUUAGAAACUUUGGGACUCUCCUACUGAGGCUCCUUUGAGCAAGCUGGUAACCCGUGCGAGCAGGUUGGCGGUGCUCGCAGACGCCUGGGCCGUCCCUUCACAGAGCAUAUGGCUCAGUACAGCCGGUGGGGCCGGGGAGCGCUGGGUUUGACACUGAAGACCAAGGGGUUGAUUGCAGGCCACAGUGGACGCCCCUCACCCACGCUGCUCCUUCUGGCUGGGCGCCGCCUUCCAGAGUGUGCUUCCAUGUCAGGGCUGUCCUGGUGUCUACAUAGCUUUGCUCCAUACCUGCACAUUUUGUUUCUCCAUCUGGAUAGGUCUGUCGUCCUGAGGGCAUAGUCAGAAAACGAUGUUUACAAGAGUAGUUGUUUUCUAGAACUCGAGUGUCCACACUUACCAAAAUGAAAGUGCAUGAGUAUGUUCAGAUCUAGUGUCAGCGUCCUGUGUAGUAAGUAGUAUACAAAGCGCAUUUAAUAUAUUGAAUUUAUUUGUACAUAUGCAGAGUAUGGUAUUUGUGUAUGGAAUCUAUGCUCUAUUCCUAUUUUUUUCCAGCUCUUUGACAUUAAAUGUGUUGUUACAGAAAUAGAUUAUUGCUUCUAUAAGGAAGAUAAUUAUGAAAAUAAAACCUGAAACUAAAUAAAUACGGUCUUUAUUUUA